AACCAGCAAAUAUUAUUAGUUGAAUUAAAAAAAUAACAAAUGGCUAAACAAUAAGGAGCAGGAUCAAUUUGGAAUCCAAAUAGUUGGCAUUGGGAAGAGAAAAAUUACACUCCAAUUUCUAAAUAAUUGAUUGAAUCUAAGAUCAAAUCAACCAAAGUUGAAUCUGGAGAUAUAACAUUAUUGAAUUAAGAAGUGAAGUCUAUUACUGGAGAUGUAAAAUUAUUUAAUAUUGUAAGGCUUAAGUUAACAUAAGAAAAGGAAAACAAGUUUUGAUUUACGAUUUUGAUAUUGAAGUAGAAUGGCAUGGUAUUUAAAUAAUUCUAAAAUUAGGUGUAAAUAAGGAUCAUGAAGCAGAAGGAACAUAUAAAAUAAAAGACUUAAAUUCUUUAGAUAACGAUUUUGAAAUAAUUCAUAUAAGCUGCAAUACAAAAACAGCAAUUUCUGAUAAAUGCAAAGACUUAAUUAAGAAAGACAUGUUCAAAAAAUUAAGAGAUGUUUUUACAACAUUGAUGUAAGAAAUAGGAUAAUAUGAAUCUGAUCCAGAAAAAUUGUAAAUUUGAAUUUUUAUAUUUAGAAAAAAAGACUAGGAAGCUAGAAGAAUAGCAGAAGAAUAAGUAAGAUUAGCAAAAGAAUAAAAUGGAGAUUUAAAAGAAAAAAUCUUUUAAGAACAAAAACUCAAAGAGCAAUAAAUGAAAUAAGAGUUCUCUUAAUUUGCAUAAAAAUGAAAAUAUAAAUAUUUA